GAGUGGAUUAGACAUGGCACGCGUCCAUGUUUGACCAGAAGUUCCACCAAACCAGACCGCAGGAAUUGACCAAAUCCCACGUUUCUGUUCAGAAAUUGACACGUCUCGAUCGAGGACUAGGAAUCGACCAAAUCCACUGUUUCAUUUAUUUCAUUUCUGUCAUUUGGUCCCAGUGGGGAUUCUGAUCGGGAUCUCUGUCUCAAACAGAGCCAUGGCUCCUGGCAAACUCGAUUCUAAUGGAAAUGCAAGAGUCUCCCAGCAGGAGAAUGGUUUUGCUAAUGCAAUAUCAAUCUUAAAUUCUGAGAAAGCUGUGCAGGAAAUUAUUCAGCAACCUCUUGUUCAGGGCAUUGAGGAUCACCUUAUAGACUUCUCGGAGGCUAUUAGAACUGUUGCAAAAGCACUGAGACAAGCUGCGGAAGGGAAGGCAUCUGCACAAGCAGAGGCAGCUGAGUGGAAACGUAAAUAUGAACAGGAAAGGGCACAAAAUCUUCAUUUGGAUUACAAAGAGCCAUUAUGUGGAGAAUGCAAUGGUGGUUUUCAUUGUGAGAGGGCAGACAGCCUGACAGACCAACUAGUGGUGUCAAAUCAAGCUUAUAGGCAAUCUGAAACAUUUUCUGUAAAGCAUAUAAAUUGCUCCCAUCAACCGCUUCGAGAUGGAGAACUUGAUUGUGAUUCAGAUAUGGCUCAGAACAAAAAUAUGAGAAAGGCAUCAUUUAAAUUGUCAUGGCACUGCAAAGAUGAAAACAGUGAACAGCAAAAACAUGAAAUUAUUUCAUUUGAGAGUGGAAAUAUUACCACUGCAGAACGUAGCUGUAAACAGGUAUCCUUGAAGUGGGAAACUACGCCAGAGACUGUACUUAUUCUGACUAAACCAAGUUCAACCUCUGCCCGUAUUCUAUGUGCAGAAAUGAUCAGAUGGUUGAAAGAGCGGAAAAAGUUGAACAUUCUUGUGGAACCACGAGUAAGGGUUGAACUUCUAACAGAGUCAUCAUACUACAACUUUGUAGAAACCUGGCAAGAUGACAAAGAAAUUCUGCUCCUUCACAUGAAAGUUGAUGUCAUCAUAACUCUUGGUGGGGAUGGAACUGUCCUUUGGGCAGCAUCUAUGUUUAAAGGGCCAGUCCCUCCUAUUGUCUCAUUUUCUUUAGGUUCUUUGGGUUUUAUGACCCCAUUUGAUAGUGAAAAAUACAGAGAAUAUCUUGAUGCAAUCCUAUGGGGGCCUGUUAGUAUCAUGGUACGGCAUCGAUUGCAGUGCCGUGUUAUGCGUGAAGCUGCUAAAAGUGAGAAUAAGGAUGAGGAACCAAUACUUGUUCUAAAUGAGGUCACAAUUGACCGUGGAAUUUCAUCAUUCCCAACAAAUUUGGAGUGUUAUUGUGACAACUCUUUUGUCACCUGUGUUCAAGGAGAUGGUUUGAUCUUGUCAACUACAUCUGGAAGUACUGCAUAUUCCUUGGCAGCUGGGGGAUCUAUGCUCCAUCCGCAGGUUCCCGGCAUCGUGUUUACCCCAAUUUGCCCACAGUCUUUAUCCUUUCGGCCCCUGAUAUUUCCCGAGGAUACAACAGUAAGAUUGCAAGUACCUUUCGAUAGCAGAAGCCAUGUGUGGGCAUCAUUCGAUGGAAAGGACAGGAAAAUGUUAGCACCUGGAGAUGCAUUGGUCUGCAGCAUGGCGCGUUGGCCUGUGCCAACUGCCUGUCAAGUCGACUCCACCACCGAUUUCCUGCGCAGCAUACGAGAUUGCCUUCACUGGAAUUCUAGGAAGAGCCAAAUCUUCUGAUGGCCCUUGAAAUCCAUGUCUGCUGUUCUGCUGGAAUGAAGUAAUCUCUAUGAUGUCUCUUUGAGACUUUGUCUCUUGAGAAGUGUAAGAUGUCUUCCUCAAAUAAGUAGUCAGCUGAGUUAGUUUUCUCUCCUGGUUCUUCAGGUGGAGGAAGCAUAUUUGUAUGUCUAGAGUUAGAACUUAAUUAGUAUGAUACAGGGAAAUCAUGAUCUUUUGAUAAUGUUUAUGUUUAAUUUACAGGAUAAGGAAAGAUAAUGAAUAAAUGAUUUCUAGAACUGAUCUCAUC